AUGAACACAAUCGCCCCCCCUCCGCAAAUAAAGCGGCUCCCUCCCAAUCGCCGCGCCCUGGGCAUCUUCCUCGGCUUCGUGGGCGGCGGCAUCGCCAACGUCGCAAUCGGCUACGCUGGCUUCCAAUUCUGGACGCGCAAGACGACCUUCGUACCCUACGACACCACCUCCCCCGACCUCCAGACCCCGGUAGCGCGCGCACACAACCCCAAUGGCAAUCCCCCGGUCUGCAUCGACCAUGCCGUACGCACGAUCCCGCUCUCGCAGCUCAAGUCGCAGGACCAGAAGCAGUUGACGACAGAUUUCUGCAGGGGCGUCUGGAGCGGAUUAGGAUACGCGUACCAGAGGAGGUACUUAGAUAAGAAGUACAGGUCGCUGGAGGGCAGGACGGAUCAUCUUUGGGAUAGGGAGGAGCUUGGCAAGAGCGAGUAUGCUGUUGGCACGAAGAUCACAGAUCAUUUUGAGGUUGUGGAGCACGAUGACUCGAAGGUCAUCGUACGAUGCGGCGAUUCACCUUUUAAUGCGGGACAACGACCCAGCGAUGGAUUGUUCACCAUGGGAGUCACCAAGGAUGAGGAAGCUCAAACCGCUACGUUCCACCUCAAGAGCGUAUUCAUAAAUACCACACCCGAGGGCAAGGACGCUCAGCCACUGCCCUGGAGGUUCCAGUUCGCACAUCGCCUGUAUACCAAGCUUUGGAUGGAGACGGCUGUGAGGAAGUUGUACAAGUAAAUGGAGAUAAGCGGACAACAUAGUUCUAGAGUGUGGAUUAUACUUGUAGAUGCCAUAGAUGGGAAUACCCUUCUCUCGGUAAAGCUUUUUAUCAUGUAUAUAUGAGGCAUUUAUAAUGAGUUGUACCGCCAGACCAUGUCCAUUUCCUCACACACCGCACUCCGCGUCAACGCUGGAAACAUUUUGGCAGAUCGCUGUGUUUGUUGGGUGUAUUGUUCAUGCAUGUCUUUGUGAAACCACUAUUUCCCUGGAUGCGCCACCCCCGCAAGACCGGGAAGCAGGAUCAUUUACCCCCUUAUAUCUCUGUUUGGUACUUCAGGGUUUACCUUCGGUGUCCAAGGAAGCCUGGAAUUGGGACAGUCACGGAGCGCCAGAGAAUUUCUCGAAUACAGGUAGAUCAUUGGAGAGAUAUUACAACAUCGAUUUCAAAGUUGCGAAUUGUGAAUUUGAAAGGUCACUCAAUAAGAAGGUGGCGAGGCGAG